CCUUUUAGCCUUGAAUGAGUCUAACGUCCCCAUCAGCUCUAACGUGUUAAAUCGCGUAUAUAAAUCACAAAUUAGUACCUUAUUCUAGUAGAUUCCUAAGUAUCGAACCGGUUUGAUAUAACUGAAAUUGAUGGUAGGACAUGUUGAUCGGCGGAGAGUGAAAGUGAUGUCUUCUUCAUAUUAAGUUUCGUUUCGUUCUGUACCCGUCAGUACGAAUAACUUGUUACAGGUUAUGAGAAUUGACAUAAUUGGCUUAAGAGAUUAUUGCUGUGACAUGUGGAUAUAGUGGUAUAUGCUUAGUGGUUUCAAGCAAUGAUACCUAGAGGGGUGAGGCAUCAGCAGUUAGUCCUCACGAUAACCAUAGUUUGCUCUACACUCAGUUCUUCACUUCCGGACCGAAGCUGGUAUUAUACAACCGGAGAUUGGAAGAGUGGCGGUUUUCCUAAAUUUCCCGUCUCGUCUUCAAACUGUGGUCAAAGGUCAGUUUCACACCAGCCGGUGAGAGGAUCGAGCGGAGGGGCGAGUGCAAAAAUAGUGGGCGGAUCAAGUACUCCGUAUGGAGCGUACCCGUGGCAGGUUGAGAUUCAGGCCUAUAACACACAGAAAAGAGGAUUUGACCAUCACUGCGGAGGAGCAGUUGUAGGCGAGAGACUGGUUCUAACGGCAGCUCACUGCAUUACAAAUCUCGAUCGCCCAGAAUCUAUGCGGCUUGUUGUUGGCAAACAUGAUUUGCGUGGAAAGGACAAACAUGAAAGAGUCUAUCGGCCAGAAAGGAUUGUCAUACACCCUGAAUUUAGGCGAGAUGGACCACACAGUAAUGAUAUUGCUUUGAUUAAAGUUAAAGCAACAUCUGAAACAGGCAUUGACUUCAAUAAAUUUGUCCAACCGAUCUGUCUUCCUGAAAGUGACAUCGGUCCUUCAGAAGGAGAAUGGUGCACAGUGACUGGUUGGGGAGCGCAGAAACCUGGUGAUUCGAAGAGCUUGUCAAGUACUCUCCGAGCAGCUUCUGUUCCUCUCUUGCCAUUGUCCACUUGUAGACAGGCGGAUGUUUAUGGAGGCAGGCUCCAAUCCAUUCUGGAUUCAAUGCUGUGUGCAGGUCUACUAGAAGGAGGUGUCGAUGCCUGCGAAGGAGACUCUGGAGGCCCGCUUGCUUGUCAGAAGCAAGGGAGAUUUGUGCUUGCUGGUGUAGUCUCCUGGGGUGAUGGAUGUGCUAAAAAGAACCGGCCUGGUGUGUACACACGGGUGGCAGCAUUUAACUCUUGGAUCAGAUCAACAAGCGAGCGCCUUGGGCUGUCAUAAAUUUCACAUAGACAAACUGAUGAUGUUACUUCAAAUUUAGGUGAACUGAAUGAAUAGUUACUAAAUCAUAUCAAAUAAUCAUAAAAUUUAGCUUAAAAUUGUUGAAUUUUUGGUAGGUUUUUAUUAUAUUUGUACAUUUAAAUGUUAUGUUGAUUUUUAUUGAAAGCUUUAAUUUAUUUAAUACUAGUUUGAUUCACUUAUUUAGUACCAUUAGAAUACUUCUGAGUUAAUAGCUUUUACAAAAUGCUCUUACCAUUCAAAAAAAGUUAAAAUCAAGCAUUUAUUUUUUAAAAUGUUUCCUCUAGUCAUUAGCUGUAAUAAUCUUGUCCAAAAAUUAUGGCUGAUUGAGAAAGUAGAAUCAGCUGUAGUAUUGUACAUAACCUAAAUCAAAAGUGUACAUAAUAAAGAAUUUAAA